ACAUAAAACACCAGUUAUUCCAAGGUUCCUGUCAGAGCAUGCAAAGCAGCUGCACAAUGAAGGGCUGCACUGUUUUAAGUCUGCUCCUGCUCUUGAAAGUGACCCUUUCAACGCAAGACAGAUUUUUUAUUUCAGCCCCAACCAUAUUUCACGUGGGUGUUAAAGAGAAGGUCUUUGUCCAAAUUGAAGGAGAAAAUGGCCAAGACUGUGUACCGGUAAAUCUCUGGCUGGAGCAUGAACAACUUGGUAUUUUUUCAAACACGGCACAUGUUGGCUGCACUGGAAACAAGGAGCCCAAACUGGUUGAGCUGAUGAUAAACAGUGAGAGGUGGUUGGCCCUUCCAAAAAACCAAAAACACUCUCCACCAUACCUUAACCUACUGGCACAAAGUCAAGUUGAUGGGAAAGGUCCUCAAAGAAAGACAACAAAAGUCCUGGUUUCAGAACAAAGAGGAUACAUUUUUAUUCAGACUGAUCAGCCGAUCUACAACCCAACACAGAAAGUAAAAUACAGGAUAUUUACACUUGACCACAGUUUUAGACCCUACAAUGAACCGAUCGUCAUUUCAAUCUAUAACGCUGCUGGGAACAGAAUUCUAAAGUCCUUACGGUUUGAAAAAGGAGGCAUUUACAGGGACGCAUUCUCCAUUCCUAGUGUCUCUAAAAUGGGUACAUGGAAGGUUACAGCACAUUAUGAAAAUGAUGAAGGCAAAGCAGCUGAGCGAGAGUUCAAAGUGGAACAGUUUGUCAUGCCAAGUUUUGAUGUGAACAUUUCAUUAGAGAAGAAGUACAUUUUGUUGACUGAUGAACAUCUGAACUUUACCAUCUCAGCAAUGUAUUCAUAUGGAGAGACAGUUAAAGGUGCAUACCACUGCCAAUUUGGAGUAGUACAGAAGAAGGGCAAAGGAGAAACCAACAACGAAGAAAUAACACCUCGUUUGAUCAAAGGACUUGAACAGGCAAAUUCGGUCCACAAUGGAAGUGCAGAGGUUAGUCUUUCCCUGGAAAGAAUAAAUUCAAAACUUCAGGAAAAGCUGAACCUCACCCUUUCGAAAUUAGUAGAAAAGAAACUGCAGCUCUUUGUGGGAGUCUUUGUUACCAAUGUUCAAAGUGGUGAAAUUCAGGAAGCAAAAGUUUACCUCCCCGUCUUCUUCAAAAAAUACAGUGUGGAUUUUUCCCGAACUCGCUCUCACUUUGUUUAUGGAUAUCCACUCGAUGUGGUGGUGGAUGUAAGCUUCCCAGAUGGUUCCCCAGCUCCUAAUGUGCCAGUUAAGAUUGAAGUCAGGGAUGGGGAGUCCAUGGAAUUGACCACUGAUGAGGACGGAACAGUGAUCGCCCCUUUUAGCUUAAAAAAUUCACAGCGGGUUAUGUUUAAAGUGACAGCAGAUGGUCAGCUGGAAAAUAAAAUAAUACACCGUUCUUCCCGAAGAGAUAAUUAUCUCUAUAUCACUUAUACCAAUAAGGUCUACUAUGUAAGGGAACAUUUCAAGGUGACAUUCAACACACUUAAUGCUGCAGUAGAUGGCAACAUCUAUUACAUGAUAUUAAGUCGUGGGAACAUCAUAAGCACCGGGGUUGUUCCACUUGGUGUAUCAGUUCCAACAAUACUGCAGAUAACGGCUGCCAUGGUUCCAUUAUUUCGUCUGGUUGGUUACUAUUACAAUGAAAAUGGAGACAUCAUAGCAGACUCCAUCUUGGUGAAUGUCAAAGAUGAAUGCGAGAUAGACGUCAAGGUACAGACAGAACAACAAACUAUGCCUGGAACCAUAACUUACCUGGAUUUUGACCUGCAUGGUCAGACAGCUCAAGUGGCUUUACUGUCUGUGGAUAAGGCGAUCUAUGCUCUGAACGCUGAUAAUAAACUCACUGCCCAACAGGUGUUUGCCACGAUGGAGUCCCAUGACCUUGGUUGCACGUAUGGCGGAGGAAAAGACUCAAAAUCCAUACUCGAUGAAGCUGGCCUCGCUUUUUUUUCUCAGUCCAUGGAAGAAUGGAGAAAGACUGACUGUCGUCUUCAAACUGGACGAUCAAGACGCUCCAUCGACCUUCAACAGGAAAUGAACACCUUGAAAUCAGGUUACAAGGAUCCCGAACUACAAUCCUGUUGUGCCCAGGCGUUUUCUCUGAUCCCCAUGAAACGAACGUGCAGAGAAAGAGCAGCAAGGGUCAGAUUGGUGGGAGGCAGUGAAGCCUGUGCUGCUGCCUUUGAAAAAUGCUGCAAAGAGACCGAGAUCCUGAGACGGAGAAAGAUAUUGGGGGAAGGCCAAAGUGGAUUUGGCAGGAGUGCUACCAACAAUGACAUUGAAGAGUUCUUUAAGGACAGUACUAAUCAGUACAUUCGCCGAUAUUUUCCACCAAGCUUUGCAUUCACAGACUUUGAAGUGAACAAUAAAAAAAGAUACGAUUUGGCCCUGCCUGAUUCCAUCACCACAUGGGAAAUUCAAGUUGUCACCUUCUCUCCUACAUCUGGUUUAUGUGUAGUAAAACCACAGGAGAUUAAAGCAUUCAAGAGGUCAUUUGUGUCUCUGAGGUUACCAUAUUCAGUGAAAAGAUAUGAGCAACUGUCUGUGACACCUGUUAUCUACAAUUACCAUGACAAAGAACUAAAGGUGGCUGUGCACAUGGAACAAACCGAAGGACUUUGCUCUCCUGCUUCAGCGACUCAAGGUUCCUUUGUGACCACUGUUGUGAAGCCACACUCAUCGCAGUCCGUCUCUUUCUCUGCCGUCCCCAUGGUAACGGGUUCCAUACCCAUCAAAAUACGACUCUUUGAUAUUGACAGCGAACUGGGGAUUGAUGCACAGCAAAAAAGUUUGCUGGUGAAGACUGAAGGAGCAGAAAAUAGACAGGAGGAAACCCAAGUGAUUCAUUUAGAUGGAAAUAGCACAAGGACUCUAUACAUUAAUGGGACUUUACCAGACAACACAGUGCCUGAGUCCAGCUCCAAUAUAUUCAUUUCAAUGGAAGGGAACGGAUUUUGCACUUCUCAAGUCAGUAAUCUCCUUAAUCCGGAAAAGGUUUCCAAGCGGAUCGGGCUAUACCUUGGAUGCUUAGAACAGACGAUGUCCGCGCUUGCACCAACAGUUUUAGCCAUGCGCUAUCUGGACCUGAGCCAACAGUGGUUUACUCUUAAACCAGGUGCCAGAGAUGUGGCUCUCUCUCAUAUUGAACAAGGGUAUAUGAGAAUUCUUACGUUUAAGAAUGAGAGAACUGGUUCUUAUAGUCCAUGGGAAUAUGCACCAUACAGUACUUGGGUGACUGCUCUUGUGGUCAAAAUGUUAUCUCUGAUAACGGAGCGGCAGAGCACUGCUGUUGGACCAAAUUCUCAACUUCUAAAAGUCGUUCCACAGAAAGAAAUCACAGAACCAGUCGAGUUUUUGCUUUCAUUACAGAAUAGUGAUGGGACAUUUGAUGAUCAACAUCUUAUGAUACACAGAUACACUUUGACAGAGACGAACCAAGACAUUGCCAUCACAGCUUUUAUCACCCUUGCAUUGAACCGUUCCCUUCAAUUUCUGUCAGAUGAACUCCAAACUAACGUGAAAACAAACAUUUCAAAAGCAAUCGAGUAUCUUCAGUUACAACUUGAAAACAUCACACACCCUUAUGCUAUGGCCAUCACCUCCUACUGCCUCUCAACUUGCCCGUCUGAGGAAAGAAACCACAUGGCUGCAUGGGAAAAACUUCAAUCAAUGGUGAAAGAAGCUGCUAAUGAUGGCUACUUCUGGUCUGAUGAUCCCAACAUGGCUAAUAAAAAACGGGCAAAUGGCAUUACGAUACAGACGACUGCAUAUGCUCUCCUAACUGCAGUGAAAGUUGAAAACAGGGAGUGGGCAGACAAAAUAGCCCAUUGGCUAAUCAGGCAGGAAAAUUAUAAUGGAGGUUUUAGGGCAACACAUGAUACCAUCUUAGCCCUGGAGGCCCUUUCAGAGUACGAGCUGAAGAAGAGCGAAUGCCCUGAGGCAAACAUAGAGGCAGAGUUUAGUGUGACGGGAAAGAAUCAAGUUGUUCAGCUUACUAUGAAAGACAAUAAAGAGAAGGUGGAAACAGAAAUGAAGUCUCUAACGGGGAACAUAAUUACUGUGCAGCUGAAAGGAAUAGGAGACAUCAAGUUUAAAACCGUCAAAGCUUUCCAUAUGUUGGACCCUGAAGAUGACUGUACAGAUGUUUCUAUCAGUGUCACGGUGGAGGGGAAGGUGGAGUACACCGCUGAGAUCCUGGAGAACUAUGACUACGGAGACUAUGAGGAAACGGAAAAAGACAGCGCACGAGUUUCACGAUCGGUAGAUAAUUGGUUUGAUUCUCACACACGAGGCAGAAGAGAUCAUGAGAACGACCUGAAUGCAGCCAAGGUUGUUACCUACAAAGUCUGUGUCAGUCACAGCUCAACCAGGAAUCUUACAGGGAUGUCCAUUGCUGACAUCACGCUACUUAGUGGAUUUGAGGCUAAAAAGGAAGACCUGGAAAAGUUAAAGCGGCCACCUGAACAGUACAUUACCCAUUAUGAGCUCAUCAAUGGAAAAGUGGUGAUCUACUUCAAUGAGCUUUUUGAGAAGAAGGAAUGUAUAGCAUUUGAUGCUGAACAGUUAGUACCAGUUGGCCUUCUUCAGCCGGCUGAAGCUGUGUUUUAUGAUUACUACGAACCAGAAAGAAAGUGUAGAACAUUUUACUCUGCCCCAAAAAGAAACAGGAUGAUAUCCAAGAUAUGCUCAGAGGAUGUGUGCCAGUGUGCAGAAAGACCCUGCUAUAAGGUAAAGGAAAGAUUCAAAUCACAUGGAUCCAAAAAAAUCAAAAAGAUUGACCGUGUUGAACAUGCUUGCUUCUAUCCAGUGGUGGAUUAUGCAUACAUUGUGACUGUCAACAGUGUUUCCCUGAAGAGCAACUUUGAGUUGUACAAAGCUAACAUAGCUAAUGUCCUCAAAUCGAGUGGAGAUCUCCUCGUUAAGAAGGAGAACUCUGUCCGAGUCUUUGCCAAGAGGCUUCAGUGCAAAGGCCAGCUGGAAGUAGGAAAUCAGUACCUUAUCAUGGGCAAAGAUGGCUCCACAACGGACACAGAUGGAAAAAUGCAGUACCUGCUGGAAUCCGACACCUGGGUUGAAAAAAUGCCUUCUGCAGAGGACUGUCAAAAAUCGUUCAACAAGAAUAACUGUAAACAGUUUAAGGAAUUUAUUGAGGAGUACAAAAUAAAUGGCUGCACUCAGUGAAACAGUCUGAACUUCAACUGUCAUCCAGUAACAGCAAAUCCAAUCAGCUAACAUGCCAGUAUUUAGCUUGCCUCUGCUAUAACAGCGUUUUCAAAUAUAAAAUGAUAAUAUUCACUUAGUCAGACGUUAUUCAUGAUUGCUUCAGGCUGACUUUAAAUAUUUGUAAUUUUUAAGUGUUUUAAUAGCACAUAAGAUCAUUAUUUUCUUUACACAUGCUUAUUUUCAGUUUACAUAACACUUCAUAUCUUUGUGUAUUCAGACUUCUUUGCAAAAUAUGACUUGUCCAAAAAUGUUCAAAGAGCAAUGAGAAAACAUUAAAGCUUCUUGUUGAAAAA